AGUUGCUGUAGGCCCAAGGCUGUAAAGACAUGAGAGAGAUCAACCAGCGGAGACAAGACAUCUGUCAUGCCAUUCAGUACAGCAAUACGUUUAAAAGAGAAUUCCCAGAUCUAUCCAUUUUGAGCUGGGAUUAAGGUUUUUUCCAUUCUCUCAAAGGCAAAUUUUCCCCCAUCUAAUGUAAUGCCCAAUCAAUGUAGUGACCAGCACGCUGGAGCGGUGAUGCAGACAACAUUCCAUAAAGACCUGUGUUCCAGUCUUCACCUUAAUCCAAAGGACAUGUCACUGCAGGAACAUCACAAAAUAGUUGAAAAACUUCCUAUGGCUAUGCCACCUGGUUCUCCCCUUCAUUCAAGAGGAUCCAUAGCUCAAAAUUCCAAUAGCAUCCAGGAUACGCAAUCUGUAGAACUUGCCUUCAGCUCCCUGCACAGCCCAGGUGACCUUUCACAGCAAAGACAUAAUACUCUCAUAAAGCCUCCAUCCAGAAGUGGGUCACAGCCGCUUCCCCAACAGUUACAAACAUGCAGUGCAACCAUGGGAACAACUCCGACUGGUCACAUCGCUGGUGAUCUGAACACAGAAGGACCCUCAAUACAAUCAUGUUAUGAACCUCUGGGGAAUCUUGUAAUGGAUCCUACCUCAGGGCUUCUUUACACUGAAGAACUGAACCAUAAACUCCCUCCGAAAGACCUGGAACAACAAGCAAUUAGUCUAGAUGAAAUGGAAACAUGCAAUGACUCGAGCAGUAAUGAGCUCAAUGAAUCAGAUGAGAACGGAAAGGAUUCACUGGAUAAAAGCUGCUCUGACUUCCAACCUCCAGAAUGCAGUUCCAAUGCGUUUUCUUUAAUGAUGGCAGAUUCUGAACACAACCCUUCUACUAGUGGGUACAGCAGUGAACAGCCCGCUAAAGCUAAAACCCAGAAGGAUCUAAUGAAACUCCUGAAAGAGCUGCGUUCGUAUCUCCCACCAGACAAGCGAUCCAGAGGCAAAUCAAGUACAGUUGCAUCACUUCGAUAUGCCCUGCAUUGCAUCCAGCAGGUCAAAGCCAAUGAGGAGUAUUACCAGCUGCUGAUGGUUAAUGAGGAACUGCCAUGUGGCCUUGAUGUGUCAUGCUACACUGUGGAAGAAAUAGCAAACAUCACCUCUGAGUACACCAAGAACAACAUGGAUGUUUUUGCUGUGGCGGUUUCCCUGGUAACUGGGCUGAUCCUGUACAUUUCACAGCAGGCCUCGACGGUCCUGCGCUGUGACACCAAUGUGUUCUCUCAGGCCCGGUUUGUGGAGCUCCUGGCCCCACAGGAUGUGAGCGUGUUUUACAGCUCAACCACACCAUACAGACUUCCAUCCUGGAGCAUCUGCAAUGGAGCUGAUUUAGGAUCCCUCGACAGUUUGGAGGAGAAAUCUUUUUAUUGCCGCAUCAGCUGUGGACGUGGGUUGCAGAGAGAGAUAUCUUACCAGCCCUUCCGUAUGACGCCAUAUUUGAUCCGGGCGCAGUUGGACGGUAGCACAUCAGAGCAACUAUGUUGUGUGCUGUUUGCUGAGAAGGUGCACUCUGGAUAUGAAGCACCUCGGAUUCCUGCAGAUAAACGCAUCUUCACCACUACGCACACUCCGAGCUGUUUGUUCCAGGACAUUGAUGAAAGAGCUGUACCUCUGUUGGGGUACCUUCCUCAGGAUUUGAUUGGUAGUCCUAUUAUUCUGCACUUGCAUCCCAGUGAUCGACCCCUGAUGCUUGCUGUGCACAAGAAGAUUCUGCAAUCUGGAGGACAACCUUUUGACUUUUCACCAAUUCGAUUCUGUGCACGCAAUGGGGAGUAUAUCACCAUAGACACCAGCUGGUCUAGUUUCAUCAACCCUUGGAGUCGUAAAGUAUCUUUCAUCAUCGGCAGACACAAAGUUAGGAUGGGCCCCGUCAAUGAGGACAUUUUCACUGCACCUCCCAGCACAGAAGACCAGUCAUUGCAACCUGGAGUUCAGGAAAUCACAGAGCAGAUACAUCAACUCUUAAUGCAGCCUGUCCAUAACAGCAGCUCCAGUGGAUAUGGCAGCUUGGGAAGCAAUGGAUCCCAUGAGAAUCCUAUGAGCGCAGGAUCUUCCAGUGAUAGCAACGGGAAUCUUAACGAAGAUGUAAAGGACAAACAUGCCACGUCUUGCGCAGAGAAAGAGAAACAUGGAGCCAGCAGCCUCAAGUCUAAAAAUCAACAGAACCCAGAAAAACAAGCAGCGGUCACUCCCGUUGCAGCUCCUUACAGUAACAACCUUAUUACGGAUGGGUCAGGAAGUUCUGUUCAUCCUGCUCAGCUUGAAGAGCUGCCAGCAAAACCGCAUCCAUAUUCAUAUCAGCAAGUCAACAGUCUGGAUAGUAUUAUCAGAUACCUGGAAAGUUGCAGUGUUCUAGCCUCUGCAAAACGCAAGUGGGUUUCUUCCUGCAAUACUCUGUCUUCUACCUCUGACGAUGACCGCGUCCAAAUGCAAGAGCAGAACGUAACGCUACAGGAAAAGGGUUCCACUAUAGGGAUGGGACUACAAUUAGAUGACCAGUCCCUUUCAGAAAUAAUACCCAAGCUGUCAGGCCCUACUUCUCAUCAGUAUCGCAAUUCACUAUCUUUGGAAGCUUGUAAACCUGGAGGAGCUCUCAUGUCCUUGUCUGAAGAGGCAGGAGAUAGCCAUUGUCCGCUGCAACCUCCAUUGUCUUCUAUCACCUCCUUGCCUAUAACAGCUUCCCGCCCAUGCCUCAAACCAUUGCAUGUUCCUGGCCCCAGUGCCAUCCCAGUCCUGGCUCCUCUACCACUGGGCACUAAGGCUGAGAGUGUUGUAUCUCUUACUAGCCACUGUAGCUACAGCAGCACCAUUGUACAUGUUGGUGACAAGAAGCUUCAGCCAGAGAUAGAGUUUGAGGAUGGACCCUCAAGCAUAAAGGCUGUACCCCACGUGUCAGGUGCUGCUGAGAAGGAACCUUGUAGACAACUGGGACUCACCAAGGAAGUCCUGCUGGCUCACACACAGAAGGAAGAGAAUGACUUCCUCUCUGGCUUUAUGGACACUAAAAAGCUCAGUGCCUUUCAGACGCGAUGCAAUAGCUACCUGCACGAGAGAUCUGGGGCCCCCCGAUCCCGCUGCCCACAGGGUCCUGACACCCCAUGGAAGAAAACUGGUAAAAAUCGGAAGCCCAAGGCUAAGCGUGUGCGGCCAGAGUCCUGGGACAGUAGCAGCUCUGGCAUUCCUCAACCACCUCGACAACCUCUCCCUGGCCUCAAUACUACAGCAUGGUCGCAGUCUGACACCUCCCAUGUCAGCUUUCCUCCACUGCCAUAUCCCAUGCUGCCUGCUUACACCAUGCCGGUCUUUCCCCCACAACCAGUUCCGAAUGAGACCCCUCAUGGUCCCACUUUAAGUACAUGCCCCAUGCAACCUUUCACUGCACCUAUGUUUCCUCAUGUGAUGGCCUUAGUGAUGCCCAACUACAUGUAUCCACCCAAUAUGCCCCCAGUUAUGUAUCCAGUGCCUAGUCCACAGCUUCCAUUCCCUGGUCAGCCUUCUUCAUAUGUUCCACAAACUCCCUACCCAGCAGCACAGCCAACUGCUCUGCCUAAUUUUUCUAUUCCACAACCCACUUUCCCAGUUCCACAACCUGUGCUCUCUGCUCCACAGCAUGAGAUCCAUGUACCACAGCUAUCCUAUGCUCCACGAGCAGUGCAAAGUCCUUACCCUGGGCAAAUUGCCCCACAACCUAUUCUGCACAGUGCCCCAAAGACAAAAGAUGGGAUCUCCCAGUGCUCUACCCCACGGAAUCCACAAUCUCCCCUGUUAUUCCAGUCUCGCUGCAGUUCCCCUUUACAACUCAACUUGCUGCAAUUGGAAGAGUCACAGAAAGCAGAGCGCGUAGACGGAGUCCCAGGAUUAUCAAACUGCACUACAAUCCCACCACAACCCAGCGAGGAGCCUCAUUUGCACCAUUCACGGGCAGAAUCACCUGCAGAUGGUCAAACCAGUGACGCCAUGUCAGCCUGUAGUGACCUGAUGGAUCUGCUUCUGCAUGAAGAUGUAUCUUGUGGAACAUGCUCAGCCUCCUCUGCUGUCUCAGAAUCUGUGACAUCAGGAUCCCGUGGCCAUGAAACAUCUCGAAGUCAAACAGGGAGCAGUCUGACGAGCCACAGCAGUAAGUAUUUUGGCAGUGUGGACUCCUCUGAGAACAAUAAGCUGCAGAGGCAAACACAGGGAAAAGAUGCUGUAAUUGGGGAGUCUGCAAUGAAGUACAUCCUCCAGGACCCCAUGUGGCUUCUGAUGGCCAAUGCCGAUGAGAAAGUAAUGAUGACCUACCAGAUCCCUUUGCGGGACGGGAAUGCGGUUCUAAGAGAGGAUAAGGAGAAGUUGAAGUGUCUGCAAAAGUUGCAGCCUCGUUUCUCAGAUGAGCAAAAAAAGGAACUUGGGGAGAUUCAUCCAUGGGUCAACAGAGGGGGCUUGCCGCAGGCUAUGGAGGUCAAGGACUGUGUUUACUGUAGAGAAAGGGGCUCAGAUGGUGCCGAGUACGGAGAAGCUAUUCAAGUGCUGGAACUAAGUGGGAUCUUAGAAUCGUGUGAUUAGAAAAUUAUGUGAAACUGGCAGACACCAAAAUAUAUCCUCCACAAGCAUCCAUUUGACAUGGAGCUAACAAUUUUAUGCCAUCCCCCACUCUCCAACUGGGACUACAUCUAUUUCACUAGCAUACGCCUGAGGACCAAAAACCAGGCUGAAAACUAAGCAUUGAACCACUAGGAUAAAGGAUUAUUGUGAUUGCUGCAAAAAGGGGCCAAAAAUGAGUACUUGACUUUAUCACAGAAAAGCUUCUGCAGUUUGCUGGAUUGCCUUUCUUCGAUAAAUCCUGUGCAAUUUCUGUCAGUUGUCAGCUUAUAAGAUACUAGGUUUUACAUUUCUAUUUAUUUCUCCAGCAGAAGCGAUUCUUCACAUCUUUCCUAGUGGAACCCUAAACCGAAGGAUGUGUCUAUGAACUGUUAAUGAAUCUGCUGGAUUUUAAUUGCACUGGCCCGCAGCCAUUUUAUGGCACAGGUUUUAAAAUAAUUAUGACAUAAAUGUGUCAUAGGUGCCACUUUAUAGAGAGCUAUUUUUUUAAAUGUUUGUAUAUUUUUAUUACUGUAUGUUACCCCUAUACACCGUCUGGUGCAUUUUGUGGGGGGGGAGGGGAAUCCUGAACUUGUUGUUUUAGAAGUAUAGGGAUCAUAGUAGCUGGAUUUUUUUGAAUACUGAUGAAUGUGAACAUCUACGCACUGUUUAAGAAAAGUUACUUUAUAAACUUACUUUUAUUCUCUGUGACACUGUAUGUUUCAUGAAGUUGAAUAUCAAAUCUAUAUACCAAAGUCAUCAGCGCAAAAUGGAAGUCUGGAAAAUGCGUGAAUAGAAUUUGUAAUUUUGAUACCAAUGUGGCAUUCCAUACGUUUUACAGUUUCCUCUACUUGCAUUUCUGGGCCUGGACAGCGUGUUCUCGGUCUGUGAUUGUGGAUUUAUUACAGGAAUGGACUUGAACGCACAGGCACGUUGGUUAAACUACCACAACGAAUCUUCCCUGCUCCCUAUUCCUAACUCACAGAUCACACGUGGUUGUCAGUGGCAAUAAGAAUGUUAUUUGAUGUGUGCUACAUGUUUAUAGCUAUAGUUAUAAAAUAUUUUCACCAUCAAACUUCUAUGACUAUUCACA